AUGGCCCGCCAAUUCCCUCAUCCGCCGCCAUUGGCGAAGCUGGAAAAAGCGAAUCCACAGAAGAAGGCUCCACUAUAUGACAUAUCAAAAAAUCUGCUCCAAAACUCGUUUCUGGACCCCGAAAACGACCAUCUUAUAGACUGGAUCGAUAAUCUUAAGCUACGAGUGAAUUCGACCCUCAAACAACAGGAAAAGGAGCAGAGUCAGCUCAAGGAGGCCGCAAGACAAGAUGAACUCCGUUUGAAGUACGAGACUGCGAUCUUUCUGGAGAAUUUUGACUCUUUGGGAAGCUUAUUACAACAACAACAACCAAGCACGGCACAGGCACAGACUUUGAGAGAUUCAAGGUAUUCCGAGCAAAUUCUGUCACGUCAGGGUGACCUGGGUGCUGCUACGGUGGCGGUUGAGGAGUCUGAUGAUGAUAUAGUUGAGAUACUCUCUGGGUCAGAAGAAGAAGGUGAAAAAUUGAGUUCAGAGGGCGAAGUUGGUGCCGAAGAUGACUUUGCUGACUACUUGGAGGAAGAAUUUGAUGCUGGUGAGGAUUUGGAACAGAUGGACGAUGAGCAGUUGGAAUCAUAUCUAGACCAUUCGGAAGUUGAAAUUGAAGAAGACGAAGAGGAAGAUGAGGAAGAUGAACAAGUAGAGGAAGAUGAAGUAGAAGAAGAUGAAGAAGACACCCCCUUGGCCGACGAACUUAACUCCAACAUGACUUCUGAUCCCGCGCCCGUGAAACUGUACUUGAACCGCGGACGUCCCAUUCUCUCUGACACUCUAGCUACACAUGGAAGAGCUGUGGAUCAAUUUAACAUGGACCUGGAAGAAAACGACGACGAGCAGGUCAGCGAUGAAGCAUCAGAAGAGCUGUCCAGCCCAGUUGAAGCUGAACAUAUUGAUAUUGAUUCUGGUAGCGAAGAGCCAGAAGACGAGGAGGAGGAUGCAGACAAACAAGAGGAAGAAGAGCUAGAAGAAGAUGACGCGUCGCAAAGUAACAUAGAGCAACAACACGAUUUUGAUCUGGAACUUGAAAGAAGCAAAUGGCUACUAGACGAAGCCCUCAAAGACACUGGUGAUCACGGUGACUACACAGAUUACAGUCAUCUUGAUGCGGCUGCCAUUGAAAGUGAAUUGAUUCAUUCCAUGUAUGAGAAGAGUCCGUCUGCAAACUCUCCUCACGUCGAGGAUGAUGCAGCUGGAGAAAAUACAAGAUCACCUGCCGUGAUGACUGAACAAGAGGAAGAGAUUGAAAAUAAUUCUGAAAGAGGACAAAGUAGUGAGAAUGAAGCAAUGAACCAAAAUGACGAGCACCAUUACCCUCAGAGCAACACUUCUGAGCAUUUCAUUGAUGACACUUUUGUUUCCGCUCUAGGUGGAGACGACUCUGAUUUCCUAGCAAACUUGGCACAAGAAGCUCUCAAGAACCAAGAUGUUUCUAGCUCAGCCGCCGAAGAGCCAACUGUUGAAAAUAAAGCGGUCAAUUCUGACGUAGAGAUUAUCAUCAGCGAUGAUUCUGAAGUUGAAGCCAUGGAUGCUAAUGAACUGGACUCAGAGAAUGAAAUUAAUCACUCCGCAGAAGUAAUUGAAGAGCCUCUUCCAAAAGAAGCUAGCAUCAGCAAGUCCCCAGAAGCCCCAUUGAGAUCAAUGCCACCUGUCUUCCGAAGCUUAGAUAAAGAAGAUCCUAAGAAAACUUACAAGAAGUUGAGACAGACUGAAAAGAAGUAUCACAUCAAAUUGGCAACUCUUCAAGACUUACAAAACGAACUAGGCUCGGACCUUCUGUCUGAUAUGAGCGACGAUUCACUGUAUCUCUCAUCCGACUAUGAGUUUCACGACGCCAAAGACUCUGAAGGUCUUAAGCUUUGGUUUUCCAGCAACUUACAUCCCUUUGCCAAAUCUAAAGCAGAUGCAAACUAUGGCCGAUUCUCCCGAGACUUGUGGACACUGUCAGGGCCCACAAAUGAAUCCUUGUUUAAAUCAAGUCCGCCUCAAAAACAAGAAAACUCAAUUCUAGUUGACGAUGAAAAUGACGACAACGUGUUGUCGCGCAUCGACUCAAACUCAACACUUGUUGGCGUUGAAGCAUCGGAACCGGAUAUGCCAUUCGAGAAAAGGGAGGCGAGUUCACAAUCUGAAAAGACAAAUGAAGGUUCCUCGCAGCUAACCGAUGAUCCUCACCUGUUCGCACAUGUACCAAUUAAGUCAAUCCUGCCGCCAGUUUUAGAACCCAUCUUAGACGAAGAUGUCUCUGAUUCUGAAUCGGCGACAGGCUCUGGUGCUGAAGCCGAUGGCGAUAAGCUACCUCUAGACACUCAACCACAAGCUCUUGCCGAAUCUUCGUUUUCUCAAGUGGACCCUGUAAUCGAAGUCGUCCCUCAAGUGGAACCCGUGGAUAUCGAUGAGCCCGAAACAGCAGGCGAAAACGAUGUUGAAAUUCCUGAUGCCGCUGAGAAUUCGGCUUCAAUCCUCUCAUCUCAAACUUCUGACAAUGAGCAUGAACUCGAAUCUGAGCAAAAAGAACCAAUGGAGCCACCGCAGCAAGAAGGCAACGUAGUCUUUCAAGAACCACUUCUGACGACAGUCUCCAAGCUCAUAAUUUAUGAUGAGUUUACUGAGAUUGAGCUGUAUACACCCGUUGUUCCCUCUUCUAUUGAGAUUGUGGACGAAGAAGUCAAAGUUUUUGCUUCUCAGUCGGAUGAUUCCGUUGAAAUUGAAGAAGCUACUGAUGAGCCUAUUGAUCCAUCAGAUCUAGUUCAACCAACCACUAUUUCGGAGCCAAACGAUAUUGAGCUCGCGUUUCUAGUUGAAACAGAAGAGGAAGGUUUGGAGAUUUUCAAUCCUAGCUCGGUAGAGGAGGUGAUUACUAGACAAAGUACACCUGCUCCGGAAUACCCCUUAUCAGGAAUAGUGCUCGAAGCUACUGAAAUUGAGGAAACAGAAGAUCUAGAUGCAAACGAUCAAAAGAAACGCGCACGUGAAGAUGAUGCACAGGGAGGGUUUAAGCCGCUCAAGAAACUCAAGCUGGUCUUGAAUCCCUUCAAGUGGGCGGCAAAGUUCUCUCAUUUUAAUCGUCCUGAAUCUUCUCUGUCGAGAGAAGGACAAAUACCUUCCUCUUCAUCUUGUUUGAGUGAUGCUCCUGAGAUUGACAAAGAUACAGAAAUCGAAAACGUAAUUUCUGAUGAACUCACAGACGCCAUUGCACAAAACAUUUUGGAUAGCAUUGGUGAUGAAGACAUGAAUAAGAUUGAGGCAGCAUUGGGCUUGGGAACUGGAUUAGGGGAUGAUAAUUUCUCAGACAGUGAUCACACUGAUGCUGAGCUGGAACUCGACCAUGAUAUGUUGGCUAAAUCUGAAUCCGAGGAUUCAGCUGCCCCUGAAACUGAAUCACAAAUGGAAAUUGAUGUCGAAAGUGAGCAUGAAUUGGAUAACAAGACGCAAACUGGUGACAGUAUCCCUGAAUUUGAGGCUGAUGUCCUAGUCUCAAAUGUCAUCUCUGAAGUUGGUGAUAGUCUUACUUCAAUCGAUGAUGCGAAGGAAAUCCAUCAGACUGACAAAAUUGACGAGCAAGCCGUGAACUCAAUCGAAUUCACAAGCCAAGCUGCAGUAUCUCAUCUGCCCGAUAAUCAGGAACUUGCGCAAUGUGAAGUGUCUCUUGAAGUUGAACAACCAGAAGUUGAACAAUUAGAAGUUGAACAAUUAGAAGUUGAACAACCAGAAGAAGAACAGCCAGAGGCUGAACAAAAAGGGAUGGAACAACCAGGAGCUGAACAACCAGGAGCUGAAAGCUACAUUACAAAGUCAGAGAAUACUUACUCUGAUUCUCCAGUUUCUGCUCCUAAAAUCGAUGAAAGAGAUGCGGCAACAGUAAAAGAUGAUCCUAUAGACUCUCGCUUUGAUGCUCAGAAUUCCCUGGAAGAUCUUUCCGAAGAUCACCUCGCUGAACCUGUUUUGGAGGCUGCCAUCGAUAAUCAUUUGAGUGAUGAUGUUGAAAGCAGCACUGAAAAUCAAAAUGCCGAACAGCCUGAAACAACAAUACCUUUUGAUGAACCAGGGAUGAAUCAAGAACCCACCAAUGUAUCUGAAACUUUGGAAAUUGCAAUGGAACUUGCAGCAGACAUGGUUUCAGAGGCUAUUGCAAUUGACGAGUCUGAAAAUGAUACCGAAAGUGAAAGGGAGUCCAUGGAUAUAGUCAGCGCUGAUACUGAAGAUAAACAUGAUGAAGGAGCAGAGUUAGAGAAACGCGAAGACGAACCAAACUCCGAUGAUAUGGCCAUUGAACCGGUGGUAGUACCCGCUCGGCCACUUCCAACCUCCCAAGAUCUUUUGAGACUUGCGGCUCUCAAUUCUUCUCAUCAAGAAGAAGAAGAAGAAUUGAAAGAAAAAGAGGAAGUAAAAGAAGAAGAAGAAGAAGUAGAAGAUGAAGAUGAAGAACUUGAACCCGAAGCUGAUGAUCCUAGCGCACUCGAAGCUCCUGAUGUACAACUGUCGGCAUCACUCACGAACGAUACCGAAGAUGUGCAAGAGAAUACUGUCCCACUGAUUAUUGAAGAGGACAUACCUCCUAAACUCGAAACUGAAGAUCAAACUUUCGAGGGUGAUCUUUCGAGUGUUGGAGAUGAAUCUCGUGAGGCUGAUAAUCUCGAGAAUUUCCCUGAUGACACUCCUCACAUACAAAACGAAACCGUUGAGUCUGGUGAGAAUGACAAUCUUGAUCAAUUUACACACCAUGUCGAUACUGUUGCCCCUGAAUCUCAACCAGAGUCUGAUAAUGAAGAAGGCACCGACCCUCUAUCGGAUGUUGCCUCCGUUGUAUCUGAACUCCCCGCAUCGGUUUCUGAUGGUGAAAGGAUUGAUUAUGAUAAUGAGGCUUCCGAAACGACCAACGAUAAAGCAUUGAAAUCUAGAAGUCUUUUGCGCUCCGCUACUGGGGCCUUCGCUUUUGUUAAAAAUAAAAUUGGUCAAGUGUUCACUUCGUCUCAGAAUAAUGAAGAGUGGAGCAACUCCGAUACAGAGGAUAACCUCAAUUCGACGGAUAAUCAGGUAAUUCCUGAUCUCAUAAUUACUCAGCCACUGCAAGAGGACUUAAGCAAAGCAGAUCGGUUGCAAGAGGAGUCAGAUGAACUGAUGAACAUAGUUGAAUCGAAUGAAAUUGAAAGCGGUCAAGAUGACGAGCAAUCGCAAGAAACUGAGCUUCUGGAUGCGGAACAAUUAGAAUCCAAUGUGGAAAAGCAAGCAGACGAUGAAACCAUAGAAAAACAGGAUCUUUCGGAUCCCCUGAAAAUUUUGGAGGAGACUCUUGACUCAAAUGUUCCAGAAGAAUCGUUGCCAAACGAACAAUCAAAACCAGAAGUUGUUCGUAAAUUACGUUCUAGUUCUCAAUUGGAACCAGUUCUUGAGCCAUCGCCUCAAUUCUCCUCUGAAAGAGAUGAUAUUAAUUUUGAAGAAGCAGUUGAAAGCGACGAUGAUGCAAAGAAGCCAGAACACUCGGAUGCUGCUGCUGUGCAGUCAACUCCAGCCCGUAUGACUCGGAGCCAGCGCAAAUUGAGUGCAGAAAGUGAUCAAGCUGUGGCUCGAAACGAAGUCGAUGCUGAAUUCAAAGAACCAAUCCCGCAAACACCCGAAGUCCCGAAAACGAGAAAGAGGGCUCGUUCUCCAGCAACGCCUUCUCCAAAAGUGGUCCUUGAUGAUGCCGAGUCCAUUGCUCUGCGAGUAAAAAGAUCAGCGCAUCAUCCAAAUUACUCUGAGAUGCUAAAGCUUGACAUCAAGCAAGAACACGUUUCGCCGGGCUCAUCGAAGACUCGAGGCUCAAAAUUGUCAAGCUCUCCUAGAAAGAAAGAGUCCUCGAGACCCUUACCAUCAAAAAAGAGCUAUGGCAAGUUAAAGCCCACUUCAUCACCUAUAGAAGAGUCCACCCAACCAGGCUCACGAACUGCGAGCGGUAGUAAAUGGCUUAUGGACCUGGAAGAUCAUCCUGCUUUGAGAACCAGAUCCAAGUCGCCGAUAAAGCAGACCAUUCAAGAGCUCUCGUCUGAAAUUGAGGAAGAACCCAUCAAGAAAAAACGAAUCACAAGAAGCAUUAAGAAAAAACUUGACCUGUGGGAUCAAGACACAAAGAAAGAAAAGGAUUUCAAGGAUGACCAAGAAUUAAGAGGCCGUCGUAGACAUAGAUAA